GGCAUUCUGUCUGCUGAAAAUGGAUGGCCAGCGUUGGUUGCCACUGGAGGCGAACCCUGAUGUGAUGAACCAGGUAACGUUAUGUUUCAACUCGUGUCGUUUCUUCGGCAGUUGGGUUUGUUACCAACAUGGCAGUUUGGAGAUGUGUAUGGUUUGGACCCAGAACUACUCAACAUUGUUCCAAGGCCCGUCUGCGCAGUCCUGUUAUUGUUCCCUGUUACAGAGAAGUACGAGUCUUUCAGACUGGACGAAGAGAAGAAAAUCAUCUCAGAAGGGCAACAGGUCUCUUCAGAUGUGUAUUUCAUGAGACAAACCAUUGGUAAUGCAUGUGGGACAAUUGGAAUGAUCCAUGCUGUGGCAAACAACCAAGAACGUCUGGAAUUUGAAUCAGACUCGCCUCUGAAGAAGUUCCUACUGCAGUCAUACAAGUUGAGUCCAGAUGAGAAGGCUAUUUUUCUUGAGAGCGAUGAGAGUAUACGUGUAACACAUGAAACAAGUGCACAAGAAGGACAGACUGAGGCUCCAAGUUCAGAUGAAAAGGUGGAUUUGCAUUUCAUAGCAUUCGUGAAUGUUGGAGGUCAUCUAUAUGAACUGGAUGGCCGCAAGCCAUUCCCCAUAGUUCAUGGAAAAACCACAGAAGACACUUUUCUUGAGGAUGCCACAGAAGUUUGCAAAGAGUUCAUGGCACGAGAUCCACAAGAACUACGUUUCACUGUCGUUGCCCUUUCCAAAGCAUAACGUGUAUUACUGAAUUCCAACAGAAGGAAUUUAAAUACUGCCAUUCAUUGUUGAAUAUUAGUUAGGAUGUUUGCAUUUUUAUAGAGAGGUUUGACUAGAACAAAUAGUGUACUGCAAGAGGUAAGGUCAGCAAAUUACUGUGGCCUAAAAAAGUGGCAUCUCAAGGGAGUCGCUAACUGAUGAGCAAAGUAACUCCAAACUGAUUUUCUGAUGCAGAGGUUAUAUUAGUUUGGUUUUAUACUUGUAUUUAAAUCUGUGAGAAGUUAAUCUCCCUCAUUACUUUUUUAUUUUAAUGUGAUAUUUCUUGUAUGCCUUUUGAAGUGUGGACUGGACAUUUUGCUCUCCAUUUAUGACUGUUCUGAUAUAGGAAAGAUCACAUAAACCACUUACUUUUUUCCUCUUGAAAUGUUUCCAUCUUAAUCUUUUCAAAAAAGUAAUUAAUUGCUAGGAAACUGUCAUGGAAUGAGACGGAGAUUAUGAAAUGCCACUCUAUUCCUUUUCAUUAAAGAAAGGGUUGUCUUGGUAAACAAUUCAUAAAUGUUGCCUCACUUUAUGCUGCCUCUUUUAAAUAUAUAUAUAAUAAAUGCAGUUCUUUAAGAAAA